CUUAGUUGUCACUUGUCAUAGUUGUGUAGGUUACGUACAUUAAAGUUUGUUUAUAUAAAUUUGUUUUAUAAUUAAUUUUAAUUGUAUAUCAUGGCCAGAAGUCAUACUCCAGAGCGAAGACGACGCCGAUCUCGUUCAAGAAGUAAAGAAAGAUCUAAACCUAGUAAAAGAAGAAGCAAAUCCAGAGAAAGGAGAAGGAGUCGUUCAAAAGAAAGAUCUGCCAGAGAUAGAAGCAGAUCUAAGGAAAGAUCAGCUAGGGAUCGUGAAAGAAGUCGUUCUAGAGAUAGAGAUGUGAGGGAACGUGAUAGAGAUAGGGACCGUGAUAGGGAUCGGGAUCGCGAGAGGGCUAGAGAUAAAGAUAGGGACCGAGAUAGAGAGAGAGACCGUAAUAGGGAUCGUGAUCGUGAUAGGGAUCGUAGGGAUAGAAGGGGUGAUAGUAAGGAAAAAAAGUCAUCCAGAAGAAGAUCUAGGUCCAGAACGCCAGAGAAAAAAGAUGAUUCAGGAUUAUCUUUUGAUCCAGCAAAUUUAGACAAAGAAGAGGAACAGAAAAAACUGGAGCUUGAAAUGCAGAAAAGACGGGAAAGGAUUGAAAGAUGGAGAGCCGAAAGAAAGAAGAAAGAACAGGAAGCUGUUAAAAAAGAUGCCAAAACGGGGUCUUUAACAACAAAUCUAACUCUUCCUCAAGGUGCCAUUAAAAAGUGGUCUUUAGAGGACGAUUCGGAAGAUGAGGAUAAGUCAGAUGAAAAAGCUGAUAUAAAGAAAGAAAACGAUACAGAAAUUAAAGAGGAAAAAGUUGAGAAGAUGGAGGUAGUAGAGAAAAUCGUAACUAAGCCUGAGGAGUCAAAUGGUAAAAAAGAUGAUGAGGAAGAUGAUGUAGAUCCCUUAGAUGCAUUCAUGAAGGGUGUUCAUGAGGAAGUUAGAAAUAUUAAUAAAAUAAAUGUAAAAAAAGAAGACAGCUCAGACUCAAAUAAAAAGGGAGCUUUGGUGAUAGUUACGGGUGUUGCUAAGAAGAAAGCAAAUACAGACAAGGGUGAAAUUAUUGAACAAAAUCAGGAUGGAUUAGAAUAUUCAUCUGAAGAAGAAGCUGAAGAUUUAAAAGACACAGCUGCAAAUAUAGCAAAUAAACAAAGAAAAGACUUGGCUAAAAUUGAUCAUAAUAAUAUUGUGUAUAUAACUUUUAGGAAAAACUUUUAUGUUGAGGUGCCUGAAAUUGCCAAAAUGACUCAGGAAGAAGUUGAUGCAUAUAAAGAAGAAUUAGAAGGCAUCAGAGUCAAAGGGAAGGGUUGCCCAAAACCGAUAAAAACAUGGGCCCAAUGUGGAGUUUCUACGAAGGAACUGAAUAUUUUGAAGAAAAUGGGUUUUGACAAACCAACUCCCAUUCAGGCCCAAGCAAUACCAGCCAUAAUGUCUGGUAGGGAUUUGAUUGGAAUAGCAAAAACAGGCAGUGGAAAGACAUUAGCUUUUCUUUUACCCAUGUUUAGGCACAUACUUGACCAACCUCCUCUAGAAGAAACUGAUGGACCAAUAUCAAUUAUUAUGACGCCGACCAGGGAGUUGUGCAUGCAAAUUGGGAAAGACAUUAGAAAAUUCACCAAGAGUUUAGGACUGCAUUCGGUUUGUGUGUAUGGUGGUACAGGAAUUUCAGAACAAAUUGCUGAAUUAAAGAGAGGUGCCGAAAUUAUUGUUUGUACUCCUGGCAGAAUGAUUGAUAUGUUAGCAGCAAAUAGUGGAAAAGUCACAAAUUUAAGGCGUGUGACUUAUAUUGUUUUGGAUGAAGCCGAUAGAAUGUUUGAUAUGGGUUUUGAACCACAGGUCAUGAGAAUAAUUGACAAUGUCCGACCAGAUAGACAAACUGUCAUGUUUAGUGCCACUUUUCCAAGACAGAUGGAGGCUUUAGCGCGUAGAAUUCUUAUGAAACCAAUCGAGGUUCAAGUAGGAGGUAGAUCAGUAGUUUGUAAAGAAGUUGAACAAAACGUUGUAAUUCUGGAGGAGGAUCAGAAGUUCUUGAAGUUACUGGAAAUUCUGGGUCUUUACCAGGAACAGGGCAGCAUAAUAGUUUUUGUGGAUAAGCAGGAGAAUGCAGAUAUACUGUUGAAGGAUUUAAUGAAAGCAGGAUAUAACUGUAUGUCCUUGCACGGAGGAAUUGAUCAAUUUGAUAGGGACUCUACAAUUGUGGAUUUUAAGUCGGGAAAGGUAAAAUUGUUAGUAGCUACUUCUGUUGCAGCCAGAGGUCUUGAUGUUAAACAAUUAAUUUUAGUGGUUAACUAUGACUGCCCUAAUCAUUAUGAAGACUAUGUUCAUAGAUGUGGCCGAACGGGUAGGGCAGGCAACAAAGGUUUUGCCUACACUUUUGUAACUCCGGAACAAUGUAGGUAUGCUGGCGAUAUUAUUAGGGCCUUUGAACUUGCUAGUGUGGCUGUACCUGAGGCACUUAGAAAGUUGUGGGAGGAUUAUAAAACCAAACAGGAGUCAGAAGGAAAGAAAGUUCACACAGGUGGAGGUUUUAGCGGCAAAGGUUUCAAGUUUGACGAAAACGAAGCCGCGAUCGCUAAUGAAAGGAAAAAGUUCCAAAAGGCCGCUUUGGGGCUUCAAGAUAGCGACGACGAAGAUCUCGAGCAAGACAUCGAUCAGCAAAUUGAAAGCAUGUUUGCUACAAAGAGAACUGUUAAGGAAAUCAAAGCUCCUCUUGGUAUCAAUCCAGCAGCGGCUCAAGGUGCUGGCGCUGGUUCCGCAGUUGAUAAGCUAGAGUUAGCUAAGAAGUUGGCUUCGAAAAUUACAUUUACCAAAACAAGCAGUUUUGAUACUAAAUUCGCACCACAACAAGCAGCAGAAUCGAUUCUUAAAGAUAUGAAAUUGUUUUUAGGUACCAGUUCUUCGUUGCCGAUAACGGCUAAGACCGUAGCCGAACAGCUGGCUGCCAAAUUGAACAAUAAGCUGAAUUAUCAACCCAAAGAUGAUGAAGAUAAAAUGGACGAGGAUAAUGAGCAGACGUUCAGAAAAUACGAGGAGGAAUUGGAGAUCAAUGAUUUCCCGCAACAGGCUAGAUGGCGUGUCACUUCAAAGGAGGCCUUAGCACAAAUAUCCGAAUAUUCCGAGGCAGGCAUCACAGUGAGGGGUACUUACGUCCCCACAGGCAAAUCGCCACCCGAUGGUGAAAGAAAACUGUACUUGGCCAUCGAGAGUACCUCCGAUAUGGCCGUGUCUAAAGCCAAGUCGGAAAUCACCAGGUUGAUCAAGGAAGAAUUACUGAAGUUACAGACUUCAGGUCAUCAUAUGAUAAACAAGAACAGAUAUAAAGUGGUGUAGAAAGAUAAUUUAUUAUAAAAUAUACCUUGUGAUCGAUAAAAAAACGGCGUCAAAGACGGCUGAGGGACGACAAUCGAUGAUUAUUUUAUAGAGGUCAAUCUCUAGACGUCAUUUACUAAAAAUUGACAUAAAACUUGUCAAAAAUUAACAUUAAUUAUAGAAAGAUAAAAAAACUAUACAAAGUUUCCUGACACACACAAUUUUUUUUUGAAUAUUAAAUUACUUCAUUUAAAAAUCGUUUUUACUCAAGGUAAAAAUAAAAUUCAACCUUUUUAAGGCCCUCAACUGGCAGUAAGCGCCAUUAAAACAUACAGAAGAAAACUUUGCAAAGUAAAUGACGUCUAGGGCUUGACCUCACCAAAAUCAUCAUCGAUUGUCAUUUCCCAGCCGUCUUUGACGCCGUUUUUUUUUCAUCGUAUGGUAAUUUCAUUUAGUGUAUCUUUGAUUUAUAUUAAUUAACUUUACGAAUAAUAAAGCAAAUAAAUUAUAUUGUAAAUUA